AUGGAUGGCACGCUCACUGGCAAACCGGAUGGUGCCGGUGACGCUGCCGGUGGUGGCCCUGCCAAGGAGAGGGAUGUGGUGACCGACUCCAGCCUCUCUAACCAGUCGUUGACCCUGGACAUGGACGUCAUCAAAGAGGCCAGCAUGGUGUGUAUAUCCCCCGUGCUGGACUGGCUAGGUCCUUCCCCUGCCUCCGCGUUACUGGUUGACGUGCGCAGUAGUCGGAAAAGCUCUGCUUUCCUUGCCGUGGUGGGGAAGGGAAUCUGCCGUCUCCUCAACUCCGUUGUGAUACGCGGAAUUGUCCAGGAUCUGAUGGACGCUGGGCUGGCAAGAUCGUCUCCCUGGGCUAAGGUGAUGGAUCUAGCCGGAGUGCCAGGAAGGGAAAAGUUCUCAAUUCCUUCCAGAGACAUGCUAAAACAGAAUAGUUUACUGUUGCCCAUCUUGGCUCAUAUGAUGAAAAGUGGGGUUGCAGCGAGUCAGUUUAAAGAUCUUCAGGAACCAGAAGCCAUAAUUGUUGCUCCUACCAGAGAGCUGAUCAAUCAGAUUUACCUAGAUGCUCGGAAAUUUGCAUACGGAACUGUCGUUCGUCCAGUUGUAAUCUAUGGAGGAACACAAACGUCUCAUUCACUGCGCCAGAUAUUUCAAGGCUGCAACAUCCUUUGUGCAACACCUGGGAGGUUACUGGACAUUAUUAACAAGGAGAAGAUUGGGUUGAGCCAAGUGAAAUACCUUGUUCUGGAUGAAGCUGACCGUAUGCUGGACAUGGGUUUUAUGGAAGAUGUAAGAAAAUUGUUGUCAAGUCAAGGAAUGCCAAAAAGAGAAGAAAGGCAAACCUUAAUGUUCAGUGCCACGUACCCUACGCCCAUACAAAAUCUUGCUAGAGAGAUUUUGAAGCCAGAUUAUCUGUUCGUGGUUGUCGGACAAGUUGGUGGCGAGUGCAGUGAUGUCGAACAGCAGAUAAUUGAAGUGGAACAGUAUGGAAAGAGGGCUAAACUGCUGGAACUUUUACAACUCAUAGGCCAUGAGCGCACAAUGGUUUUUGUGAGAACCAAAAAGAUGGCGGAUUUAAUUGCAACAUUUCUUUGUCAAGAAAAAAUCCCCUGCACAAGCAUUCACGGGGACAGAGAGCAAAGAGAGCGGGAGAGAGCUCUGGGCAACUUCCGCUCUGGACAGUGUUCUGUGAUUGUUGCCACGUCUGUUGCUGCCAGAGGAUUAGAUAUCGAGAACGUCCUUCAUGUGAUAAAUUUUGACAUCCCUGGCGAUGUUGACGAAUAUGUUCACAGGAUCGGCCGAACCGGACGCUGCGGCAACACUGGAAAAGCCAUUUCUUUUUUUAACAAGAUUGGUGAUGACGAGCAAAAAAUUGUCCGUGGACUAGUGAAAGUUUUAACCGAUGCUCACCAGGAGGUACCUGCUUGGCUUGAAGAGAUGGCGUUCAGUGCCCAUGGCAUGCCAACCUUUAGUUCACAGCCAAGCAAAUUUGCUUCAGUGGAUAGCAGGAAGAGAGGUGACUUCCAGGAGGACAACGGUUACAGCAAUCCUGGCAUUUCACAACCUGCAGCGCGGACGGCAGCGGAGGAGGAGGAAGAUUGGGGCUAG